UUUCUGAAUUAUUACCCCAAAAUUUGCUGUUUUUUCCCGCAAAAAGUUAUAUAACUGAAGUAAAAUUUACCUGGGAAGUAUUUUGCAGUGUCCUCUACCCCAUCCCUACGGCAAAUUUUGCGUAGAAUUGAUGCUUAAUCAUGUGUAACAGCGCCUUCUUUUUGGCCAAAUCUUCCGAAGUUAUCUGGAGGAUCAGGAAUAAUUGACUCCAAGAGAGGGCGGUAUGCAAAAUUAUUGAAACUACAAAAUGGCCGCUGAGUUGUGUUGUUGUCGGUUGCUUGGGUGUCAUUAGCGUUUUGUUUCUGAAGAAUAUCACGUAUCAUUUUUAUCAACAGAUAAUAAACUAAAGUGAUGCAGAAGUAAAAAACAUCCAGCGAAUCCCGCCCAUCAAUCAAAGCCUGCGUCCAUCAUGGCAAACUUGAAAGAGGAUUGGAUAGAUUUCAGUAAACUAGAGCAGGAACUCUCACAAGCCGUAGAGAAGGAUGCACGGUAUUGGCGUGAGAACGACGCCAAAAUGCGAGCCGUUGGCCAGAAGGUUGAGUCAUAUGAGCAAUUCAGGGACAUGGUCGCAGCUGCUCAUAUUAAACCCCUUGAGAAGGAGGAUAAGAUUGGUCAGGGAAAGCGUAACCAACCUUGGAAUCCUUACACCUCAAAGUCAACGACUCAUGAUUCUUCAGAAUCUUCCAAGUCUUGUGAUAUUUCCUCAAAGACACCAGACAAGUUGCCCAAAUCCUCCACCGCUUUCACCCGAGACUGGAAACAGAUCUACAAAACAACCAGCGAGAAAUACAACCUUCUGAAGUGCAUUGGCAGUGAAGGACUUGCCUUAAUAUUCCUUAACGAGAUCAGCUGCGGACUUCUUGGAGAAAUCCUUACAAUAAUGAAUGAGGAGUUUCAGGCAAAUGACUUGCACUGUGUGGUUGAUAUUAUGUGGAGUCUAACAGAAACCAAGAGAUUUGGACUCAAUCUAGACUUCCUCAGUAAGAUUGAGAGAGAGAAGCUUGGGGAACUAUUCCAGAAACUUGCUGAUCUUGAAGACGGAUCACAACUCACAAACUCUAAAGAUGAGACUGAGAACUCUGGAGAUGGGUUCAAAGAUAAACUAAGUAGAGUGAAGGAAUUGUACAAAAUAUGAGCUCAGCUGCUGUAGGCACCUACAUGAACCCCAACAUUUUUGGGUGUAGCGUGUACCAGUGUAUAUACUUUUGUGUACAAGCGUAAAAGUUGUAGUACGAACAAUGACAGAAGAGACCCCAUUGAAGAGUAGACAAUGCUAUUAAUACAGCCACAAAAAUAUGCCACAGCAGGGGGAUACACACCAUAAAAGAAACGGGAAAUAAAAAACUUGAAACAAGAGACCAUUUCUACAAGCUCUUCAGAAACUUAUCAGUUGUGAUUUAUUUGUUUCAUUGCCUUUGUACAUGCAGGUAAUAGAAGCUUUAACAGACAAGCCUAUGGCAUUGUUAUCAUAGUAGUUUUACUUCAUUAUUUAUUAAGUGUUUAAAAUUUGUCACACAAAUUGACUAAAAAUAUUUCUGGCAUGAUUUUGUUACACUUUUAGAUUGAACAAAGUGGCACCUUCUCUCUAGAGAAAUUGUUAUCUGACAAACGGGGGAAAAUGAACUUAGUUGUUAUCUUACAUCAAGACAAUGGCUUUGUAUGGUACAAUGAAGUAGUUUUUACAAAGUCUGGUAUCCAAUAUUGGACAUGGUACUUACUGCAUGAGUAAGGAACAAUAUUGGUUACCUGUCCACUUAUUGUUUUGAAAAUUAAAGGAUUGGUAACGAACUUCUUAAUUGAAAUCUGAACCUCCUUUUUAUGAUACAAUAAUCAACAUAAGAAUCAAUCAUCAAUUCAAUCUAGUUAACAAUUAUAGUCCAGUAAUUUAACAUUUUGAACUUUACAAACAAUGAAAACAUGAUUCAUAUUUCUGACUAUUUGAGCGUGAAUGGCCAGAUAUUGAAUACAGUUAUGUGAUGCACAAACUGAGCCUGCAGAUAGUUGUAUGUAUAAACAUUCUUAAUCAACAAACUUUUAGAUGUUCCUAGAUCAUUACCGUUCCUACCUUUCAAACUCUUCUGGUAUUGCCAAUGGAGUUAGUAGAGUACAGCUAACCCAAUUGCUAAACGUAACAAAGCGUGGCAAAGUAAUCCCAGUUCAGUACACAUGAGGGUUUUGUAAAGCCAUACACUAAAGUGUGAAGGCCUAACAAUGUCGAAUCUUACAUCUUUUGUAUAUUGAACAAAUAAAAAUACAAGUUCUUUUCAUUUUGAUGUAGAAUGAUAAGUUUGUUCCGAGUCUGUACUAAUUUACUGUAUCCAAUUGGUCCCAGAUUUAGCACAAACAAUUCCUUCAAAAAUGUAAAAAGUCUUCUUUCUAAGAAUAACUUUUCAAAAACUACUUUGGGAUCUGUCACACAUUCGAGUUUACAAUGAUAAAGAUUUUAUCUUGGAGAUAUUAAUAUAUGUAUUAAAAUAAUGAAUAGGGUAGAUGGCCUUAGCUUUCGAUCCAAACCGGACCUACUCCAGAGGCAAUUUAUAUAUAUUAUAUAUAUUUAACACUUCUAUAGGACAUUUAGAUAGAAUUUGUUACUACACUUCAGGACAAUGGAAGCAUUAAAACAUUUUGUUUUAAAGGAGUAAAAAGGGACAGUUAAUAUAAUGAGAUAAGGGAUUAUUUGAUUAACAAAAAAC